AUGGCUAAUAUUAACCAACAAUUAAUUGAAAAACAUAUUAUUAUUAUUGGUGAGUGUCAAUCAAAUACAUGUCUUUAUAUAAACAAUAUAAAAUGGGUAAUUGAUAAUGAAAUUAAUUAUGAAUUAUUACAACGAUUAGCAUUAUCACUUCAUUCAUUUUCAAAAAGUUUUGUAAAAGAAGGAAAUCAACCAUCAUUUCAUAAAUUGACAUUAUCAAAAAGAUCUGUAAUAUCAAGAAGAAGUAAAACAGUAGAAAUAUUAGAAGAUUUAUAUUCUGCACAAAUAGAACAUUAUAUUAUUGUAGUACUAACGUCUCAUUCUGUUGAUGAUUAUACUAUGAAAGAAUCUCUCGAAAAAGAAUUAUCUAUUUUUAUUCAAAAGAAUAAAGAUAUUUUAAUUCAAUUACAACCAAAAUUUGAUGAAUACUCUAAAUCACAAAUACAAGCAAAUAUGAGUCAAACAAAAAUGAUAGAAGAAUUUCUUCCAUUAUUUAAAUCUUAUUCAUUAUCUGUGUUAAUUUAA